AUGGUCUUCCUCAUUCAUUGUCUAUUAGACACUUUAACUAUAAAAUCUUCAUCCGGUUCUCUGUCCUUCAAAAAUUUAAGGAGAACAUCAUCUUCUUCGUUUUACAAAUCUACAAACGAAAACCAGGGAAUAUUAGUGGUUGUGUUUUAUGUUCACGAAUCAGGAGUCGCUGUUGAAAUUAGGGCUUUUCUUGACGUUGGUGUUGUUGCUGUUGGCAAGGAAUUCAGAGUUUCGCUAGAGGGGAAGGGAGUCGCUGAAUCGGUAGGGAUGACCAUGUGGAGAAUGCCAUACGUUACAUGCGAGAUCUGGAGUCAAAAACCCCGUUGUCAGCGAAAGCCAUCGCUGAUAACCACCGCUACUGCUCUUCACUCAGGAACGACAAUAACGCCGUCAAUUACCACCACCUCUACUGCCCGUCGCUCCGGUGAAACUCCGACAGUUGUAGAUCUGGUGGUUGUUAUGCACUUCUAGGUGGUCGACGAUUCUUUUACCAUCAGAUCAGAUUUUUUGUACCUCCUCAUCUUCUAUUCUUUGUGUAUUUUUUAUAUGGUUAGAUUUAUGAUGAUAAUGUUUAGAUGGAAAAGUUUUUAAAUCAGAUGUAUAAAAGGUGUUUGAAAAGAAUGUAUUUGUUAAGCUGUGAAUGACUAUAU